GGGGCCAUGCGGUGCUCCCUGCGUACCUGGGUGCUGCUGGGUUCCCUGGCGCUCCUCUUCCUCACCUCGCUGCUCUUCUCCCUCUCGCUGCGCGGAGGUGGAGGCCUACCCUACUUAGACCCCCCCAGCUGGGAGGAAUCACGCAAGGUUAAACUCGUGCCCAGCUACGCCGGCUCCCACCGGCUCGGGCCACGGGGGGGCGCUCUGCCCAAAACUUGCGCCUGCCGCCGCUGCGUGGGUGACCCAGGAGUGUCGGACUGGUUCGAUGAGAACUACGACCCAGACAUCUCGCCAGUUUGGACCCAGAACAACAUCCAGCUGCCUGGCGACGUUUACUACUGGUGGGUGAUGCUGCAGCCGCAAUUCAAGCCCCACAGCAUUCAGCACGUGCUGUCGCAGCUGUUCCAGGUGAUCCCGGGUCACUCACCUUACGGCUCCUGGGACCCGGGACGCUGCCAGCGCUGUGCCGUGGUGGGCAACUCGGGCAACCUGCGCGGCUCCGGGUACGGGCACGCCAUCGACGGCCACGGCUUCAUCAUGAGGAUGAACCUGGCACCCACGGUCGGGUAUGAGGAGGACGCCGGCAGCAGGACCACCCACCACUUCAUGUACCCCGAGAGCGCCAGGAACCUGGCGGCCAACGUCAGCUUUGUGCUGGUGCCGUUCAAAACGCUGGACCUGCUGUGGAUCACCAGCGCGCUGUCCACCGGCCAGAUCCGCUUCACAUACGCUCCUGUGAAGCAAUUCCUGCGUGUGGACAAAGACAAGGUUCAGAUCUACAAUCCAGCCUUUUUUAAGUACAUCCAUGACCACUGGACCCGGCACCAUGGCCGCUAUCCAUCCACAGGCAUGCUGGUUCUGUUUUUCGCUCUACAUGUUUGCGACGAGGUUAAUGUAUUUGGCUUCGGCGCAGACAGCCGGGGGAACUGGCAUCACUACUGGGAGCAGAACCGCUACUCCGGAGAGUUCCGGAAGACGGGGGUCCACGACGCCGACUUCGAAGCGCACAUCAUCGACUCGCUGGCGAAAGCAGGCAAGAUCACAGUGUUCCCUGGGAAGUGAAAGUUAGGGGGGAGGAGCUGCAGGAGCCAAAGCGGAACCCCACAGUAUACGACUCACCUGUACCCACCCAUGGCGGCAAAUUACCGAGGAUCAACCGACUGUGACCCAGCAUGGAUCCAAAAAGUCAAAUCUGAUGGAAGGGAGUGUCUUGGGAGCCCUUAGGAUUCGCCCCAUCAGGAAGGAGCAGACUCAAGGUUGGAAUGGUGAAGACAAACACACUAGAGACUUUUGGAGAAACAAAAGGAUGGCUGGCUGGGAUCAGCCCCUCCUUAUGGCCAACUGGGGCAUAGGCACAUAGUUUCACUGGUGAUGAAGGGCUCCAGUUAACCCUCUACCCAACCCACAGGGGGCUCCAUGAACAGUCAGAGUCUCAGUCUACAGAAAAGGACCCGUUUGCGAUUGACACAAAACCCUCUUAACUUUGUAGCGUUCUGUGUUAGGUACCAUAUAGACACUGACCUGCAGCUGUACAGAAGAAAUUUACUUGUGACGAGGUAGAAGACUGAGGGGGGCAAGGAGGACGUUUAUAUUAUCGUUAAGAAGACAUUCCCCCCCACAAUGAAGGGAAAUUCUAUGCUGCUACAUGCUACCCUCACCAGGCAAGAUGACAGUAUUAGUCAGCUCAUCUGUCUGGAGUCCCAUCACGCCCCGCUGACUGUGCACGCCUCGCACCCUUCAGAGGUCAGAGGUCACGUCUUACUGCCGACGGUGUUGCUGAAGGGGAGGGGACAUUUGCGGGGUAGCCAUUUGCUUUCUUUGGCAAAAAGACCCAAACACAUUGGUCUCUCCCUCCGGCUGCAGUCUCGGAUAUAUUUGUUGCUUACAGAUCUGCCGAACAGAUGGACUGAGACGAUGGAAGUGCUGUUAUGGUGACACACACACACACACACACACACACACACACACACACACACACACACACACACACACACACACACACACACACGCACGCACGCACGCACGCAGCUGCACUGUUCACUGUGACAGCUCAUAUCUCUCUCACACACUCACCUGAACAGACAGCGACUUUUCAUUAUCCAAAGCUGUGCCGGGCAAUGAAUUACUGUUGCCAUUACAAUGCGAAUAUUAAUCGGUAAUGCUGUUAACAUGUUCCAGUUACAGCACUUAAACUCGAACAGAGUGCAAACGAAAUGGACUGGAGCGCCAUGCCCAACGAGCAGGCAGUCUAAUAGAAAUGCAAAUUAACGCAAACCACCGUUAAUUUAAAGAUGACGUUGCUUCUCCUUUUCUGACGCCCCCUACUGGCCGACUGGGAGCAGCGCAGGUACAGGGUGCGCCUGAACAAACACAACCUCAUAUCUUACUGGCACAUAUUAGUGUAGAACUUGUGAAGUUUUUUUUUUGUUUUUCCUCUGGAGCCCGAACUGGAGGUAUUGUGAUAUUCUAUGAGGUAGCAAUUUGUUUUACAUUUGUUCGUGUUAUCAGGGCUGUCCUUAAUAGCUUUGUGUCGAUGUGACAUUUGAAUAAGCUGUCAGGGUCAUGUCGGCCUGUCAGCUUGUCUCACCCCAUCCCACCCACGACCAGCCACUGUGGGGACUUUGACAGGCAGGAGAGACCCCAGCCAUUGUGCGAUUGGGAUUGUGGAACAUAGAAGGAAAUGUCAGACUGACAUAUAUCCAGCUACCGCUUGCAUAAGUGGCUUUGAGCCCCGUGGUGAGGGCGGGAUUACUGAGCACCGUCGCUCGCUGCCUGGCUUAGCACCCCUUCAGUGAUCAUCUGAUCCCCUUUCCCCCCCCCCCCAUUUCCCCGCAGACAGCGUUAAAGUCCGCCUUCCCCAUGCUGGCGUCGCCCCUGACCAGUGGAGUCGCAAUCAUGCUUCUAUAUCCCUGAUACUUCCUCUUUGAUGAAAUGAAAACGGAACCCCAGUAAGGACUACUCGUAUCCCUUUUCCCCUACCAGGUGUCGUUCAGGAGACUGAUUGUGUCGAACCACCUCCCUACUGUACCCCUUCAGGCAUCACGUUUUGGGUUUAAAUCACUGACCAGGCUCGCAGAUUCAUCUACCCGCUGCUCCCCGCCACGGACGUGCAGACGUCGCUCGCUCGCUCGCUCUAGUGCCUUGUCUUCCUCGCGGCAAAUUCCUGACCCUCCCACGCGAAUCCGCCCGCUCCGCAGCCCCCCCAACCAACCUUUUUGUAGGGGGGGGGGUACCCACAGUGUGUAACUCGUACCGCUUCAGCUGUGCCAGGAGGACGCGAGACACGCCGUCCCACAAAUCGCUGCUGCCUCCUCCAGAGGCCCACACCGACCACCUCACCUGCGCCCCGCUCGCCGCUAACGGAAGGUAACCGUGACAACGCUGUGCCUUUACGGGAGCGACUGUCGUAACUGCUGCGCGCGCUGCUCCAUCUCCUUACCCCCCGAAAGCAUCGCCCAGAUAAAGUCGGUACCGUGGAAACGUAAUAUACGUAAUAUCACUGACAAAGCCUGCGCUCAUUAGGUCUUAGCUCGCUAUCAUUUAGAAGUACACUUAUAACCGUAGUGCUCCGUCUGUUCACCAGUGGAGGAUUUUACACGCGUUGACAAAUAGUGAUCUGUGAAAUUUUCCCAAUCAAAACACAUAUAGAACAUUUUUUUGCAGAAGGAGCUUAACGAUUAAAAUAACGUGCAAUAUUCCACCAAAGAAUUUUACUCCCAGUAUUACUUUUUAAUCUUAAUUUGUUCCAGUUGAAAUAUUAAGGACACGCCUGUCAAUCAGUGCAGUAUCUACAGCUUUAAAAGAAAAAAAAACCCGAAGAAUUCUUAGCCAGUUUACAGUAGAGCUUAAGAUUCAUUCUGUGGAAUGGCAGGGAACUCGCGGAGCUGGACCACUAAACCUUUCAUUCCAUUCUGAUCUCCAAAUCCCCACCCUCAGCAUGCUGAUCCCACCCCCACAGGAUGUCCGUACCGUCUCACCUCCACAGCUCUGUGGCAGGUGCCUGAGGAAACCAAGCCCCCUACUGGAGGCUUUCAGAAGCCGCAACAAGGUAUCAUCCGUGUACAUUAAGAGCCAAAUUUAUCAAGCUUCCGCGUUACCCAGUUCCCUCUGAGGAUUGAGGGGAAAACAUUUUUAACAGUAACCUCUAAGCUCCUUCUAACUCUUAAUUAAUUUUCUAAUCAUCUUAAGUAUAUGUUUUACAGUUUUAUUACUGAAUGGGGGGGAGGGCAUGUAUACUUUAACAACCUUCUGCAUCACACAUACAGAACAGCCUGAUUUUGAAAGGUCUUUGGCCCAGACCAGGAUAACAGGUCCGGAACAUGGAAAAAAUGGAUGGAUGGCUUGUGUGUGGGAUUCCCAAGUGGAGAUGAGGGACAUGGCCUUACCUCAUAGGGAAGAGUUCCGGGUCUUUGGGGAUGUUAAGAGGUGCUGUGGGUGGCCUCCCUCAGGUUCUCCAAAUCAGCAUCAUAAACAGUGAUCAACAGACAGCCCAGCCCAACCCCCCCAGGAAUCUGUAUAUAACCACAUUAGGUGUGCAGCUUUGGUGUCCCCCCCCCCCCCCAGCCAUUUGCAGUUGCUCACUGUCAGUCUCCUCUCUCGUUUUAUAACCGUGACUUUUCUGUGAUGACUUUUUAUCUACUGCUGUUGUGAAAAUAAAAUGCAGAACUGAAAGAA